AUGUCGAAGAAGAGAAAUCCCAAAUCCCGACCUUUGUCCAAUGCAAUGGAAAGUAACAAAGUGAUGCGAAACAAAAGCAGGAAUAAAAACAAGAACUCACCGAACAACGCUCAGUCUGACGCGUCUUCGUCAUCCACCCAGAACUUGCGAGGGGGUGGAGCUGGUGGUGGUGGCGGCGGCGGGGGUGGAGGCAGUAAUAGUUCCAGUCGGAGGCAACGUCGGUUGGAACAUCUCAAGAUGGACAGAAAGCAGAUAGUCAUAUGGAGGCGGCCACUACGGACCACAAAAUACUUUUUAUUGGAAUUAUGGCAUUUACUUAGUACUUACACAAAAAAAUUGUUACAAAGAAAAUUCUUGGUGCUUGGAAUUGUAUUGUUAGUGGCAUUAUUAAGUGCAGUUUAUAACAUAAAGGGACCUCAUCAACCUUACUUAGCAGUUUUGGAGAAGAAAAUGCUGUGGUAUGCUUAUUGGGUGGGCCUUGGCUUUCUAUCCUCUGUGGGCCUUGGCACAGGUUUACACACUUUUGUACUCUAUCUGGGUCCUCAUAUAGCACUGGUAACAUUAGCUGCAUUUGAAUGUAUGUCUGUUGAUUUUCCUGAACCUCCUUACCCAAACAAAAUUCUAUGUCCCUCAGCACAGUCAAAAACGAUGUCAAUAUGGAUGAUAAUGAGUAAAGUAAGAAUGGAGUCCAUUAUGUGGGGUGCUGGUACGGCCAUUGGUGAAUUGCCUCCAUAUUUCAUGGCACGGACGUCUCGCCUGUCUGGAUCAAGUGCUGAAGAAGAAGAGUUAGAAGAACUGGAAGAAUUGGUUCGAGAAAGAACCACCAACCCUGGCGAACUUGGCUUCCUUGAUCGUGCCAAAGUGGGCAUUCAUAACAUGAUUAAAAAAGUUGGCUUCUGGGGUAUUUUAGCCUGUGCUUCAAUUCCAAAUCCUUUAUUUGAUCUGGCUGGUAUCAUGUGUGGUCAUUUUCUGAUUCCAUUCUGGACAUUCUUUGGCGCUACCCUUAUUGGUAAGGCUAUCAUCAAAAUGCACAUACAAAAACUCUUUGUAAUUUUCUUGUUUAGUGAACAUCAUGUGGAACAGGCUGUGAAAGUUUUACAGUUUAUCCCUUUCAUUGGUUCCUACACACAGGCACCAUUUCUAAAAUGGUUGGAACAACAGAAAAAUAAACUUCACAAUCCAGACCCUAAAGUCAGUGAGGGAAACAAUCCAUUGUCAUUUAUAUUCGAGAAAGCAGUGUUGCUAAUGAUUAUAUACUCAAAAUAUAUUAACAAAAAAUUUAAUCUAUCUAUCUAUCUAUCUAUCUAUCUAUCUAUCUAUCUAUCUAUCUAUCUAUCAUGUUGA